GGAUUUCAGGUUCUCUGUACUGCGAAAAAGGUCUAUGUGAAGGCCACCUAAUCAAAAAGCUGAAAGUGGCGAAAAGGAAUUGCAGAUGUUCCUUCAAGUCUUUCGAUCGAUAUGCAAGUCUCCUUACUCGAAGACGAAUACGAGUCCGCAGGGGAGAGUCGCUAUGGGGAGGGCUCAGGGAAGGAAAGGCUCGGAUGGCAAAUGAGGACACCCGGGUGACUCGUGCGGUGUAUCAUAAACCUGUAGAAAGUUUCUUCGAAAGAGAACCAAGAAUUUGUUGCUCUGAGCAGGCCCCGAGUCGGCAAGUCGAUGAGUACUCUCGGUGGCAGUGGAAAACAAUUUAGUUGCUUUAUCGUCGUACUUCUUGUCACACUGGUCAUUCGUGUGGUAUGUGGUCAACAGAAUGUUGGUUUUCAUGAUUAUCUACACUCUAAAGAUGUUUUGGUGAGCAGGAAAAGCACGAAGAGUGAAAUUUUGAAAACCCAUGCUGAAAUUGAGACUGGCGGAAGCCGAGAACCGCGGGAUCCCCAUCAGCUACCGGGAAUUGCUGCAGUCGUCCCUUAAGUUGGUUGUCAAAGCGACUUUAAGCAAGGUGGGUAGAGAGCUCCGAGUCC